AUGAAAUCUGAAUAGAGUUCGUUAUCCCUGAAAGCAGGCAUGGAAAAUAAUUUCAGGGUAAGCAAUCUGAAUACCACCUGCAAUGAUACAAGCGAUGGCAGGUACUUGGACAAUGGCACAAGGUCCAACUUCACCUUCCAUGAACAGUCUCCUGACUUCUACGUGGUCCUCCCAGUGAUUUACUCUGUGAUCUGUGCAGUGGGGCUUACAGGCAAUACCGCUGUCAUCUACGUGAUCCUCAAGGCCCCCAAGAUGAAGACAGUUACCAACAUGUUCAUCCUGAACCUAGCUAUAGCUGAUGACUUGUUCACUUUGGUUCUGCCCAUCAACAUUGCUGAGCAUCUCUUGCACUACUGGCCCUUUGGAGAAAUCCUCUGCAAGAUCAUCCUGUCCAUAGACCACUACAACAUCUUCUCUAGCAUCUAUUUCCUCACGGUGAUGAGCAUAGACAGGUACCUGGUUGUCCUGGCCACUGUCCGGUCCAAAAGGAUGCCCCAUCGUACCUACCGAGCAGCCAGAAUUGUCAGUCUGUGCAUCUGGGCCCUGGUCACCAUCAUAGUUCUCCCUUUCAUCAUCUUUGCCAACGUCUAUGUAGAUGGCCUGGAGAUCAAGAGCUGUGGUCUAAAUUUCCCCAAACCUGAGAGGUUUUGGUUCAAGGCCAGCAGGAUCUAUACCCUAAUCCUUGGCUUUGCCAUUCCUGUAUCCACCAUCUGCAUUCUCUAUACCAUGAUGCUGUAUAAACUGAGGAACAUGCACUUGAAUUCAAAUGCUAAAGCCCUGGACAAAGCCAAGAAGAAGGUCACCAUUAUGGUCUUCAUCGUCCUGGCUGUGUGCCUCUUCUGCUGGACCCCCUUCCACUUGGCCACCAUCGUGGCUUUGACCACUGACUUAGCGCAGACCUCCGUGGUCAUAGGUAUCUCCUACUUCAUCACCAGUUUGAGCUAUGCCAAUUCAUGCCUGAAUCCUUUUUUGUAUGCUUUCUUGGAUGACAGUUUUCGGAAAAGUUUCAGAAAGAUGUUGGAAUGCAGAGCUGCUUAAAAGA